UUGGGGGUAGCUGAGUGUGGAGUGAGUCGAGAGGAAGGAAUGAGCGAAGCAGGGGCUUCACCCCGAUUGCAAUCAUUUUCUGCAGUGAGGACCAAUAUGCACAUGUGUCUCAACCUCUCCUCAGGAGACUUCUUCUUUUUUCUUCUUCUCUAGUUCCCCUGUUUGUUUUUAAGCUUUGAGGAUUUCCUGCAGGUGGUGGUGAAAGCCAUCUGUCUGCUCGCGUGAUCAGGACUUCUUGCUGUCAACAGAUGUCCAACUGUGACCACCUGCAUGGGUCUCAACCUGAAUUAUUGCUGUGAGACUGCCAUAAAGACACAGCAUGUUUGAAGGAGAAAGCCAUUAUAUUUCCACCCGUCUCUUGUCAAGAAAGUAGAGGUGUGGUCGUUUUCGCUCGUCCCCAGAGCCGGCACCCAUCAUGGAGUCUGUGAUGAGAAUGAAAAAGACACUGAGGAUGCCCAUCAGGAAGCUGGGCAGAUGUGUGUCUGGGCUGAAGAAGAGGAGAUUGUUCCCCAAGCACAGGAGGAGGAGGAGGAGUAGAGGAGGGAGAGGACACAGAGGAUGUAACAUGCUGGGGAGGACCCCUGCCCCCCGAGCUGUACCUCCUAAAGCCCCGACAGUCAUUCGCUCAUACCAGCCAGACCUGGACCGGGAGAGGCAAUCGCGAGAGGAAAUGAACACUCAGAAGAACGCAGAGAGAGCAGCGAUGAGAUCUCACUUUAGGAGAAAAUAUGAGCUGUCAGAGAGCCGAAAGGACAAGAACCACCUGAGGUCUGUUGGCGGGAAAGUGUCUCUCCCCCACGAGCUGUCGAGGAUGAUUAAUCCUGAAACCAAAACCAAGGACGAUGGCUUCAACCUCCUGACCGCCUUUCAAGGCCUGAGCUUCAAAACAGCAGCGGUCACAAGCGGCAAACACAGAAGCGUGUCCACAAACAGGGACUCUUGUAAAGUCAUGUGACCAAACCUGUGUAAAGCUGUAUGUAACCACAGAAAUGACUUCUACACAUCUGUGUAAAUGAACAUGAAUGCUGAUUCCAGCUGUUCUGUUGAUCUUGAGUGUAAAGACUCAGUCUGUUAACGCCUGAUGGCAUUUGAACAUAUCAUUCAAACAUCGUUUUUUUUCUUAUUUUACUUUUUUUUUAACUUUUUUUUAAGGCAUGAUGGUAAAUAUAAACAAUCAACUGAAUAUGCUCAAAAUGGAAUGCACUCAGUGUGCUUAUACCUACAUUCCAGUUAUUAUAAACACUUUAUUAAAGUCUGCUUUCAAAUGCUUACUAGAUACACUUCAAAUGAUGUGCUUUUUGGGAGGUUUAUUUUAAGCUGAUAAAAUGAUCAUUUGAGAAGCUAAAACACAUGAAAUGUAACAUCUUACAGGUCAAACAGUAUUGUGUGUAUGACUUUUUAAAUGUUCACUUCAUAUUCACUGCCAUUACUUAACAUUUUAAAGAAAUACAAAAUAGUUGUACUAAAAGGUAAGGGUGCUUUUCUGUUUACUAAUUAAUUUAUUUAAUUUAAAGCUACCAUAGCUAGUUCACAGGGCUGUUGAAGCUCUUUAACUCAUAUAGAUCCAUCUGAGUGAUCUAUACACAAGUCAGGAAUCUCAGGGCCACACGCUAACAUUUAUACACUUACACAACAUCUAUACAUUUUUUACAUUUUUUGAGUGUUAAAUUUGUCUUGUUUUCCUCUUCUUUUCUUAUGAAGAAAGAUAACUAACAUUUACUGUUUUGUAUUAUUCUUGCUGUGUGUAAUUAAGCCACAUUUGUAUCUGCAACGGUAAAGAACGACAUUUUAAGUUACUGCUUUCAUUUAUGUUAAGUUAAUAUCGGUGUGUAAAUAGUUUGACACUUUCUAGAUGAUGGAUUUUAUAAAUCAUGAAGCAGAAACCAAAGGACCUUGGAACUAACAUGUAGACAGAGCUGAAACUUGUAAUAAAGACCUUUUUUGUCCA